UCAGAAAAAGAAAAUAGACAGAAAAAAAUGUUUUCGACUAGGAAGGUUUUCGUCAUGUGCUUCUUUGGUAUUAUUAUGGCUCCAGUAGUCCAUGCUUUAGUUCAUAAGUUUGAAGUGAGAAGAACUUCACACACCAGACUAUGCACCAACAAAACCCUGCUAACGGUAAACGGCCAAUUCCCGGGGCCAACUAUAUAUGCUAGAAGGGGAGAAGUGGUGGUAGUCGAUGUUAUCAAUCGCUCCCAUCAAAAUAUUACUAUCCACUGGCAUGGAGUAAAAAUGCGGAGAUAUCCAUGGACAGAUGGAGUCAACUACGUGACACAGUGUCCUAUUAGUCCCGGCAAGAGGUUUAGACAACAGAUUGUGCUGUCUAACGAAGAGGGCACUUUGUUUUGGCACGCACACAGCGAUUGGUCUCGAGCUACUGUGUAUGGCGCCAUAGUCAUUCUACCGCCGAAAACACACACUUAUCCUUUCCCUAAGCCUCAUGCUCAAGUUCCAAUCUUACUAGGAGAGUGGUGGAACGAUGAUGUGGAACAAGUUUACAAGAAUUUUCUAGCCGAAGGACGCGAUCCCAAAGUUUCUGAUGCUUUCGUCAUGAAUGGCCAACCUGGCGACCUAUAUCCAUGCUCAAAACAAGAUACAUUCAAGUUGAGUGUGGAGGCGGGCAAGACUUACCUGAUCAGAAUGGUUAAUGCAAUGAUGGACUACAUCAUGUACUUCAAGAUCCACAACCACAACAUCACCGUCGUCGGCAUGGACGGCACCUACACGAAGCCGCUGAACACCGAUCACGUCGCCAUUGCCCCCGGCCAGACCAUGGAUUUCCUUCUCGAAGCCAACCAGCCGCCCAGCCGUUAUUACAUGGCCGGCGUCGUACACGCCUCCGGAGCGGAUUACGUCCCCACCACCGGAAUCCUCGACUACCUCGGUAACUACACCCCGCCUUCGUCGUCGCCCGUCCUUCCAUCUUUCCCAGACUUCAGUGGCAGCUGGGCAUCGACCCAUUUCAGCAAGAGGCUCAGAAGCCUGGCCAACGACAACUACCGCAUCCAAGUUCCCAAGAACAUCACACGCAGCCUCUUCUUCGUUCUCUCGAUCAAUCUGUGGCCAUGUCUCACGAAUUCGUGCGUGCAGAGCGAGAGGCUGCUGGCGAGCAUUAACAACGUGUCGAUGCUGAUGCCGCAAACCGGCAACAUUCUCGAGGCUUAUUACAAAGGGGUCAGAGGAGUUUUCACGCCCGAUUUCCCGGCGCAGCCGGCGAGAGUAUUCGACUUCACGCAUGGUGAUUUUCCGCAGAGUGAGUCGCACCCCCGAUUCGGAACGGCUGUGUACGUGUUGGAGUAUAACGCGGAAGUUGAGAUCGUGCUUCAAGGCACCAACCUCGGCGAGGGAAUCGAUCAUCCCAUACAUUUACAUGGAUACACCGUCUACGUCGUCGGAACCGGAUUCGGGAACUUCGACCCAACCAGGGAUCCGGAAAACUAUAAUCUCGUUGACCCGCCGUUGAUGGACACCUUUGCCGUUCCAAGAAAUGGAUGGGCCGUUAUCAGAUUCAAGGCUAACAAUCCCGGAGUGUGGUACAUGCACUGCCAUUUCGAGCGGCAUCUGAGCUGGGGAAUGAAGAUGGUGUUCAUCGUUAAGGACGGGGAAGGCCCCAAUGAGAAGAUGCUGCCGCCGCCGCCAGAUAUGCCGCCCUGUGAUGAGCCCCCUCCUCAAGCAUUAGUAUUUAGGAUUUGAAUAAUGAUAUACUCUUUUGUAAGAGAGAAAGAAGGAGGGUAGAAAUUCCAAAUCAUAUCCCCCAAACUAAAAAUCUAUACCUAUAUAUUAUAGUAUUUUGCGUUUGUCUUUUGGUGUUUACUGAUUGCAAGUGUUUUUCCCUUUGAAUUUUUGUCAGUAAGAUUUUGAUGAAGCCCGA